AUGCUGGCGACCAAACAGUUGUUCUACAAGAUCACUCAAACCAGGUCUACCAUAGGAAUGCCUCCUAUUACUCGCAAAAACAUUGAAGCCUUGGGCUUGAAGAAGAGAAACCAGAUAGUCUACCAAUCAGUUUCACCAUCAACGGCCCACAGGUUGGCCAGAGUCAAGGAAUUGGUCAAGGUUGAGUUGGUAAACGAGAAUAAGACAGUGCAACAGUUGUCAGCCGAAAGGAAGUUCCAGCCAGGAUUCAACUUGGUCAAGGGAGAAAUGUUUGCUAAGAAAUACGAAUAGACAGACUGGAAAAAUAUGGAAGUGAUGUUUUCAGCAGAAAGAAGUAGGCAAUGAAGAUAAACUAAGAAUGAAGAAUCGAAUAGAUCAAAGAAGACCUAGGAGACGUGAAAAACAGAGUAUCAUCCAUAUUGAAGUUCUCUUUCGCGUAUUCUUUAUUCUAUAAGGAUCAAGACCCUGCCAGUAAGCCCAGAAAGAACGAUUCAACCGAGAAGUAACAUGGGAUACAAUGUACCCAAUAGAGCUCACUUAUACUUGUAUAUAUAAUGAACAUAAUGCAUAG